AUGAAAGCACAGUCUGAGGAGGCAAAAAAUCGCUCCCUCGACUCUGGUAAGUUGCUGACUGGUAGCCUGGUUGAGAUCCAGCCUCCCGGCAGCCUUUUUAAACAGGGCGCUGAGGCACGCAUCUAUUUGGCCAAUUUGUUUCCUGCAAGCACCUCCCGCGGGGAUGGACAAGCCUCGAGCAACAGACCACCUUAUGGGCCACGUCUCUGCAUCGUGAAGGAGCGCUUCGUCAAGACCUACCGUCACCCUCAGCUCGACGCUGAACUGACGCGAGGUAGACUACGCACCGAGGCUCGCCUCUUGCUUGCCGCCCGACAAAUUGGGCUCGACGUCCCCCCAGUACUCCAUGUCGACCUACACAGGCGACAACUCUGGCUUGGUCACGUCGGUGAAGGUUCACUAACUGUUGCUGAACUGCUGCUCGGUCAGCUGAAUCGUCUGAUUCGGAAAACCCAUCCGGUCGUCAUAGCAGCAGUCGGAUCAGCCGUCGAGAUGACCGGCCAGGCUAGCAGUACAGGCAAGACGACUGGUCAGGGAGAGACAGAGGACGUGUCUACUAGUCUGGCUCGGGAACCCAACUCGGAGACACUUAACAUGGCCGCAAAUGAGCCCGACUCCUCGUGGACAGAGGCAGUCAGCAGAGUUGAUCGGCUUAUGUGCAGUCUGGCCACUGCUAUCGGCCGCAUGCUGGCCAGGUUGCAUGCGAAUAACUUGGUCCACGGGGAUCUUACUCUGGCUAACAUACUCGUUAGAAAGGUAAACAUAUCUUCACAAUUUAAAGUUUGA